AUGAGGGACUCGCGGUAUCACAUGGAUACAUCUGCUUAUGUCCGGAAUGCAACCCCCUAUCUUGAUCUUCAAGCGACCGCUCACUCCACUCAUUGCGAUGUCGAGAUCCACAGAUCUAUCAAUGCUAUAAUUCAAUACCUACUACGUGAAGUGCCAGAGUAUCGGCGACUAUCUGAACUGAGGGAAAAGGGCUGGCAAAAUCCAAAGGGUGACCGUUUUUUCGAAAAACAACGCCAGACUGCCGAUCACGCGGAUGAGAAGACAGCCAAACAUUUCUAUAAUAUGAUGAAAACGAUAGGUCACGAUAUGAAUCAACUUACUGAUGCCUUCCAAAUUAAAAGUGCUGGCCCGGGUCCGCACUAUAUCCUUGAUAUGUGCAUGGCACCAGGAGGGUUCCUUGAAACGGCCUUAAUGGUCAAUCCCACAGCCCGAGCUACGGGUUUUAGUUUACCGAGACGUGAGGGAGGACAUGAUGUCCGUUUACAGAAAACGGAUAACGUAUCCCUGAGAUUUCUUGAUAUUACUUUGUUGGCUGCGGAUAUGGGGAGGGUUGAAAUCCCGAAUGACCACCCAGACGCUGAAAGGUUUUUACCUCGUCAAUUCGCACCAGGGCAGGUCUUUGAUGUGGUCAUAUGUGACGGUCAGGUGCUUAGAUGUCACGAUAGAGCCGCCUACCGUGAGCAUCGAGAAGCGACCAGGCUGACUUUGACCCAGCUGGCACUAGGGCUGGAACAUGUUAAGCCAGGAGGAACCCUGAUCGUUCUUCUGCACAAAGUGGAAGCUCUUGAUACUGUGCAACUGCUAUAUACCUUCGCAUCAUUUUCAUCCAUACAACUGUACAAACAUGAUAGGUUCCAUGCCAAACGGUCUUCAUUCUACCUGAUUGCAACCAACAUUCGCAGUGACGGUCUAGAGGCAGCCACGGCUGUGAAAGAGUGGAAGAGACUCUGGGAUAUUGCAACUUUCGGGACAGAUGAUAUGUAUCAUCAGACACGUCAUCGGUGUGGUCCAGAUACUGAUCUCAUUCUGGAGGACUUUGGCCCUAGAUUAGCCAUGAUGGGUAAACAUGUUUGGGAAAUUCAGGCAAAGGCGUUAGCGAGUGCCCCGUUUCUAAAAUAGAAC